AAAUAUCGAAGUGAUAGAAACUUUGCUAUAUUCUCAUCGCAAACAGUAUAUAAAAUAUCACACCGACAAGGUCAUUUCAGUUUUGUUAUGAGAUAGUGUGAUUCAAGUGCUGUGAGAUAACUUCUGAAUAAAAUCACACGAGUUUUUAAGCGAGAAUGAAACUGACAGCGAGGGCAUGUCAAAGCAUUGCAAAAAUGCUGGAUUUUUACUCCCAAUUCAACCCGUCGCCUUUAUCUAUCAAGAAAUUUAUAGAUUUUGGUUUGAAUGCAUCUGAACAAAAAUCCUUUAUCUUCUUGCGAAAAGAAUUGCCAGUCCGUUUGGCCAACAUCAUGAAAGAGAUCGCCCUCCUGCCUGAAAAUCUCCUCCGGAUGCCCUCAGUGGUGGCCGUCAACGAUUGGUACAUUCGUAGUUUUCAAGAAAUAAUCGAAUUCGAAAAGAAGGAAAUCAACCAUGAGACCCUCAAUUACUUCUGUGAUAGUUUAGUGAAAAUCCGGAAUCGACAUGCCGACGUGGUUGAAACGAUGGCUCAAGGGGUACUCGAAUUGAAAGAGUCCCACGAUGUCGAUCACCAAACAGAGCACAGUAUACAGUAUUUUUUGGAUCGGUUCUAUAUGUCAAGGAUAUCGAUUCGAAUGUUGAUCAAUCAACACACACUUCUAUUCGGGGGACAAUUGGAAAAUGCACCUGGGCCCAACCAAAGCAAAUACAUUGGCUGUAUCGAUCCUCAGUGUGACAUCGUAAGUGUUAUUAAAGACGCCUACGAAAACGCACGGUUUCUGUGUGAUCAAUAUUAUUUAGCUUCGCCAGACUUAAUCAUCAAUCAAUCACAACAUAAUGAAUUGCAACAAGAAGGACGAAUUAAUAUCGUUUAUGUACCGUCACAUCUUUACCACAUGUUGUUUGAGCUGUUCAAGAAUGCAAUGAGAGCGGUUAUGGAGUAUCACGUGUCUAAUGACAAGUAUCCACCAAUCACGGUCACUAUAGCCAAGGGGAAAGAAGACAUUUCGCUUAAGAUGUCGGACCGAGGAGGGGGUAUCGCCCGAUCCACCACGGAGCACCUGUUCAAAUACAUGUACUCGACAGCCCCCCAGCCCAGCAAAUCGGACGCACAUACAGUUCCACUAGCCGGUUACGGUUAUGGUUUGCCCAUUUCGAGAUUAUAUGCUCGUUAUUUCCACGGAGACCUUGUUUUGUUGUCUUGUGAAGGUGAUGGAACCGAUGCCGUUAUAUAUUUAAAAGCGUUAUCGAAUGAAGCAAACGAAUUGCUUCCAAUUUUCAAUAAAACCACAUCGAAAUUCUAUAGAACGGUGGUACAAACAGGUGAUUGGUCUAAUCAGGCUGCUAACGUGAGUCAGAGGACGAUCAGUACUCACUAUAAGAAACACCAACUUCCGCAAGAAUCAAUGACAGGGGCUAUAUAGCUAGAGGAGUAACUUUUUAGUUAGUUUAGAUUUAGUUGGACGGUUUAUUUAAGGUUAAAAUAUUGGUAAAUGCAUGUGUGAUAAAAUUUGUUGCAAUUUAGACUGAAAAAAUUAGUCGUUGCUGAAUUAAUAUACUUGAAAAGCACGUAUUUGCAUGAAUGUUGUGAUGUAUUAAAUAUCCAUGUAAUGGAGAAAAGUAACUAGAGCUGUUAUCUAAUGUUAAGCUUAUAUUUUAUAGACCGAUAGGUCUCAAAAUAUCAUGUUAAUAAAUUUUUAGAAAUUUUAAGUUUGUAAAAAUGUAUAUAAGAUAUUUAAAGAAAUUAUUUUUAAAUUAUGUAUUAUAUUUAUGACUGAAG